UCGGGGACGAGCAGAAAGUUAGAAGACUUGGGCUGCUUUUAGUAUUUACAUUUUAAAGAAGAUAAACCUUUUUCUAGCCAUAAAUGGAUUAGUGGCGUCGUUGAAGUUGUUUAAAGGUUGAGAGGUAAGAUUUGUUUUUAGAAAAUGUCGUUGUAUGGAAAAAUAGUGGUUAUCAAAAGGAGUGGAGCUGAUGGAACAGAAUUCCCUCUAACUGCACAAUCAUGCUUGUUUGGAAGGAAACCUGAGUGUGACAUUCGCAUCCAGCUGCCUCAUGUUUCUAAAGAGCACUGUAAAAUUGAAGUGAAUGAAAAUAAAGAGGUGAUUGUAACAAAUUUGAGUACAGUUAAUCCUACUCGUUUGAAUGGUAAAAUUGUACAACAGUCUGAAUCUUUGAAGGACAGAGAUGUUAUCACUAUUAUUGAUCGUUCUUUCAGGUUUGAGUAUCCUCCUGAAUUGACCCUGAAGAAAAGACAAUCUGUAGCUGCAAAAAAUGAAACCCUGCAGGUGCUUCAUGUUCAGCAGGUGAAGGACACAGUAUGUUUGUCUCCUGGAAAUCAGAGAAAAUGCACCAUCUUGACUUCAGAUGCAUCCUAUGAUCACAAAGAAGCAAAGGUUAUUGGAACCGAACAGUUAAGUGAGGCACACAUCAAAAAUGCUACACCUGGAGAAAACGAUGCAUCUGAUACAGAAUUUGCCCAUAAACCUAGGGGUAACCAGGAGAAGCUAAUAGAGGGUUUGUCUCCUUUCAGUCAACUUUAUAAAACGCUUAAACGCCAAUUCCAGGCAAAUGACCACCAAGCCACUAGCAAAGGUGGAAAAACACCAAGGAAAGCAUCAGGAGAUGCAGGUCAGACACCUUUAUCAAGAUGUAAAUCUGACAAAAUUAGUCCAUCCCGAGCUGUUAAAAUGUCAGUGGAAGUUAAAAGUACACUGUUACCACAAGCCUCUGUUUCCAGAAUAACUCCAAACAGAGGUAGAAAGCCCUUUGCCAUUUGUGAAAAAUCAGCUGAAGAGGCAACGUUGCAAAGUCUAGUUUCCUGUGUUUCUUCAGAGGAGAAAAAUACUUCAGAAGAUGAAUUGAACAAGGAGACAAUUGACUUGCCAAGGUCUAGGAGACGGAGCAAAGUAGUGAGUGAUUUACUGUGUGAUAUUGUAAAUGGUGAAACCUCCCAAAUAACAAGCAAUAUGACAAAUAUUGUAACCCCCAAGAAUGAUCGUCGUUCAACAUCACGUGGUAAGACCUCAAUACAUAUAGUUACGUCGGCAGAUAAUGAAGAUGAUGGAUUUGUUGAACCAAGUGUUUCAGAUAAUGAGGCCAGCUCAGUAAACAGUACUCCAAAGUCUACAGGAAAAGGUCAACCAAGAAAGUCCCCAUUAAAAGAUGACCAUGCAGGAGGGAAUUAUUCUGUUUGUGAAAGUGAAAAAGAGAAACCGUCUGUGGUGGAGAAUGUAAUAGGCACUGACCAAGAAACUCCUAAGAGACGUCGCCGGUCUUCCCAGCCAACUCCUGUGAAAUCGACAGAAAAAGAGAAAGAAUCUGGGGAGGAAGCACAACACAAACAAGACAGUUUUUUGAAAGCUAAAGAAUCUCCAAAGUCUAAAUGGAGCAGUAGGCAGUUUACACUGCAAAGAUCCAUUAGAGCAGAUGAAGUGCUAAAAGAAAUCCAAGAACUUUCACCUUUAGCAAAGAAAUCGACAGAGGAAAUGGUGUCGGGAGGAAAAAAAACAGAAAUGCCUAAAAAAGGCAGGAAAAGUAUAGAAUCUAAAAUGCCAGCUUCUGAAGCAGAGCUUACUCUUAAGAAAGUUUCCUCUUCACCAAGGUGGCGAAGUAGAUCACUUUCACCUGCCAGUCUUGAAACUCAGAAUACUGUCAAGAAAAAUUUUGAUGGCAUAACACCAAAGAAAACACAGAAAAGUCCUGUAACAAAUGAAGUUUCAACCAAACGGAAGACUCCUAAUAGCUCUCCAAGAAGGCACUCUGGAAAAGCAAUGCUGAUAGCUGAAGAAGUACUUUCAGAAAUUGAGUCAUUGGCACCACCUAGUGGAGAAAAUGGUGCUGUGGAAACAGGUACUAAAAAGACUUUAAGCAAGAAGCGCAGGAGUGAGGAACCGCAAGAGAAAUUAGCUGAACCACCUUUAAAAAGAAAGCGAGUUUCCUUCGCUGGUCACUUGAGCCCUGAGCUGUUUGACAAACGCUUGCCACCCGAUUCUCCUCUGCGGAAAGGAGCUAUGCCAACCAGAUUUAGUCUGUCAGUUGGGAGCAAAGCACCCCCAGUAUUACGGAGGGUGUCGACAAUAGGAAUCAAAUAUUCCUUGAUAAAGGGAUUUUCUAAAGAUACCCAAAGUCCUUUAAAGCCAAGUCCCAAUAAGAAAGCAUCCCCUAAAAAAACACCCUCUAAACCAAAUACUCUAUCGCCUGACAAGAAGUCCCCGAAGCUGAUUGCCAAGACUCCCUCUCCAGUUAGUUCUUUGACCAAAACCCCCUCCCCUGGUAGAAAAUCCCUCACUGGUGCUGCGAAGACCCCCACUCUGACAUGCUUAACUGCAAAGAUACUUUCAUCAGACCAGAAAUCCCCAAAUGUUGCUGAUGUAGAACCCUUUCCUGGCCGGAAGUCUCCUACAAAUGCUGCCAAGACACCCACCCUGGCUAGAUCUGUAGCCAAGACCACCUCCCCUGGUAGGAAGUCACCUGUUGGUGCUGCCAAGACGCCCUCCCCAGCUAGGUCUGCAAGGAAGACGCCCUCCCCAGCUAGGUCUGCAAGGAAGACGCCCUCCCCAGCUAGGUCUGCAAGGAAGACGCCCUCCCCAGCUAGGUCUGCAAGGAAGACGCCCUCCCCAGCUAGGUCUGCAAGGAAGACGCCCUCCCCAGCUAGGUCUGCAAGGAAGACGCCCUCCCCAGCUAGGUCUGCAAGGAAGACGCCCUCCCCAGCUAGGUCUGCAAGCAAGACGCCCUCCCCAGCUAGGUCUGCAAGCAAGGCGCCCUCCCCAGCUAGGUCUGCAAGCAAGGCGCCCUCCCCAGCUAGGCUUGUAACCAGGACAUCCUCUUCCAACAGGAAAUCUUUAUCAAGUACUGCCAAGACACCCUCUCCAGCUAUGUCUUUAGCUAAGACACCAUCUCCAGGCAGAAAGUCGCUCACUGGUGCUGUCAAGAUGCCCCCUCCUAGUAGGCGGUCACUUGCUGGUGCUACCGAGAUGCCCUCCCCAAAUAAAUCUGUAACCAAGACACCCUCUACUGGCAGGAAGUGUCUAGGUACCAAUGCCAAUACCACACCUGUAGUGUCAACCGCAACACCAAAAAGUGGUACACCUUAUGUUAGUGGACGCUUCUCCAUUUCUCACAUAAGCACACCUUCACCUAUUCCUGAACAAAACACUGUUGCAUGUAAAGCAGAACCUGAUGCUGAAGAAAUACAUAUUGAUGCUGUCACACCUAAACCAUCCAUAAGAAGGAAAAACAUUCAGUCUACAGCAAAGAAAACCUCUUCUAGGAGAAAGAGUUCUGUUCUUGAUGUAGUUCGUUCAAGAAGUGGGGCAUCUAAAGCAAACUUGCUAGUUGCAAGAUCCUGGGCUGAUAUUGUGAAACUCGGGGCUGCCAAAACUCAGGGAAUGGUUUUUACAAAGAAGCAGGCCCCGAAGGCAAAGAAGGUUACUGUUAAGAAGGUUACUUCAAAAAUGCCGAAGACCCCCGCUCAGAAAAUCAAAGACCAUUUCAGUACUGGACAUGCAGAUUCUCCCGCAACUAUUGUUGUUGGCAGAGCCCAUGCUCUGUUAAGAACUGUCAAGCCAGCAGUGCAAGUUCCAAAGCUGGUUAGAAAUGUGGCAUUAAUGAAGAGAAAAAUGGAAAUGAAUGAAAGUUUUACAGGAAUUGUUGAAAUGUUUAGUACCCCUGUAAAUGAGAAACCAAGGAGAACACCAAGGCGCUCCUCUGUCAUCACUGAGGUUAUCUGUUCUACUCCUGUUUCUUUAACUGAUGCAUCUGUACUGAACACCCCAGAGGAAACAGGUGAAAUGGUUGUAUCUCCAUUAAGUGCACCUAGCACUGCAAGACGUGGAAGGUAUAAGGAUGCAGUGACCAGUCUUCAAGAGAGGGAAUCCAAUUACAGUAACGUGAAGACACUUGCUGAAGAGAUUAUUGUACCAAUCGAUCUCUUUGGUGAGAAUCAAGUAAGAGUUCAACUGUCAGACGAGGUGGUAGAUAUGAGUGAGCAAAUGCAAACCCUUAUUGAAAAGACAGCAGCUGAAAUAGAUGAUGGUUGUAAAAAAUUAAUGAGGACCCCUAAACAAAAGGCUGAGCCAUUGGUGGCCCUUACAGGAGUUAAAAGGCUUAUGAAAACACCAAAACAGAAGUCAAAACAAAUAGAAGACUUCAGAGGGAUCAAAAGACUCAUGAGAACACCCAAAGAACCUAAAGUACAGAUAAUUGAGGAUCUUGUUGGGGUGAAGAGAGUAAUGACAACUCCGAAACAGAAAGCAUCACCAGUGGAAGAUAUGGUCGGAAUAAAAAGAUUAAUGCGGACCCCUAAACAUAAGGGAGUGUGUGUUGAAGAUAUGUUUGGCAUUAGCAGAAUAAUGAAAUCUCCAAAACUAAAGAUUGCUCCUGUAGAAGACUUUGCAGGUUUGCAAGAACUUAUGGAACAGCCAGAGGAAAAAAAGGAGGACCACGAAUCAAGAGUAAACAUAGAAACAUUUGAAGCUUCGGAGACCAAGAGAGAAUCGAAAAAACAUGAAAGUGUUAAAACACUGGCCACCCUGGCACAAUCCAGUGUAGCAGUUCAACCACUACUUUCAAGGAGAUCUUGUCGUGAAGAUUGUCAAAUAUCUGUAUUGCCUACACCUUUAAAUAAUUCUGGAAGAACAGAGCAUGUGAAACUUCAAUAUCCAUUAUCAGAGGAUUCAGCUGGAAAAAGUUCAAUUGACACAUCAAGUAGGAGUGUUAAAGCUUCCCCAGCCCACACUGCUUCUACUAGAAAGUCUGGAAGGGGUAGGAAAGCAUCAGAUGUUGGAUUAUCAUCUCUGGAAACAAUUUCAGUUGACGUUUGCCCCGUUAAAAGCGAUAACAUUUCCAAACCUACAAUAGAGGAUACUUCUAGAAGUGAUACCCUGGCAUCACCUGGCUUCAAAAUUGCCUUAGUUCAAGAGUCUUCCAUAGAUUCUAUAAAAUUGUCUACCCCAUCCAGGAAAUCACAACAUGGGAAUGAAAAGGACACUGUACAAAAUGAAAGCUCAAUGCUAUUACCACCUGCGAAUAAAACUCCAAGAGGAAAGAAAGGAAUGCAGAAUGCAGAACAAAACCAUGCAUCUACAGAACUUACUGAUUUAACUGUUGACAUUGUUAAAGCUUCUCCUGUCUCUAUAAAAUGGACACACAGUUGUCAAAUUAAAGAAAUUCAGAUGCCUGCUAUGCCUCCUGCAACAAAAUCUGGAAAGGAAACAAAACAAAAAAUAGAGGAAGUUGAUCAUACGUUCAAUGGAGUAGCUGCUGCUGAGGAAAGAGUCUCUCAAAGUGUGUCAUCGCCUACAGCUAAGAGAUCACAUCAUGGUGCCAUCAAGGAUGUUGCAGAAUUGGACACAUCUGCCUCUCCUGCUCCUAUGAAGAAGGCUUUAAGAGGUAGGAAGGCACAACAUCAUUCAGAUGACACACAGAAGACAUCUACAGAAGUUGUUGCAGCUGAAAAUGUAAUGCAUUUGCCUAUGCCGAAGAGAUCACAACUAGGUGCUGUCAAAGAUGUUACAGAAGAGGCGAUAGCUUCAUCACCAGCUCCUACGAAGAAAUCUGGAAGGGGUAGGAAGGCGAAACAAAAUUCAGAAGACAUGCAGGAGGCAUCUAUAGAAGUAGUUGCAGCUGAAAGUGUAAUGUCUUUGUCUAUGCCGAAGCGAUCACGACGAGGUGCAGUCAACAAUAUUGUGGAAGAGGAAAUAACUGCAUUACCAGCUCCUACAAAGAAAUUUGGAAGGGGUAGAAAGGCAAAACCCAAUUCAGAUGACAUACAAGAGACAUCUGCAGAAGUAGUUGUAGCUGAAGAAAGCAGUCUGGAAAGUGGAAUGCCUUUCUCUACAGCAAAGAGAUCCGAACAAGGUGCAGUCAAAGAUAAUGCAGAAUUGGAAACCACUGCAUCACCAGCUCCUAUCAAAAAAUCUGGAAGGGGUAGAAGGGCACAAUCCAAUUCAGUUGACACUCAG